GCAUGAGGAGGCAACGAGGAAGAGAAGACGAAGAAGAAGAAGGCGACCAUGUUGAUUUAAAGGAAGAAAAAAACAAUAGCCGCGAUUUAUUUCAAGUACAUUACAGUUAUUAAAAGUGUUGAUGAAAUAGGUGAUUGGGACCAACGGUGUCAUUUUUAACAUCACAGCGAACUGAGGUGACGCAUUUGAGUGGUUGGCUCGCUUUGACUGGGAAACCCCUUGAUCACGGUCACACUCCCACUAGUGACACUUUCACCUGCAGACGUGUGGCAUCCAGGGAGGAACCAGCCUGGGCAGUACGCAAACACUCACUGUGGAUACGAAGGGGUGUAAAGCUUUUUUGCUUUGAACUUGAUUCCCCCUUCUAUAUGUGAUACCCAUUACCCAUCCAGUGGAAAGUAUCUGGGACUAUAUGAUUUUGGGAAAAGACUUGUAAAGACUUGGACAUCCUUUUUUUCCCAAGGAGGACACUGAGUAAACGCUGUGGACUGAAAAGGAGGCAGGAAAAACUCUUCAGUGUAAAAACAAAUAUAUCAAACAAAGAUUAUAUUGAAGGAACUACGCCCCAAGUACAGAGAUUGCCUUAGUUGUUCUAUUUCAGGACUUGAUCCACAUUUGAUACUUGUUCACAUAUAAUUUUUCUAUAUUGUGAGCAAGUAUAUUAAUGCAAUUAUCUCUUCAUUUUGAAGAGUUUCUUGUGUACAAAAAGGUUGUUUUGCAUUUCUUGUACGUCGGUCACUCUUGUUAAAAGAGGGCCAAACUGCACGUACGCGUGUGUAUAUGUAAAUAUCGUUGGUUGAUUGCUAAUGUAAAAGCUGAGGACUUCAAGAAAAUAUUGUUUGUUAAUGAUUUAUUAAUCUUUUUUUUUUUUUUUUUUUUACAUCUUGAAGAUCAUUUUAGUAAUAAAUACCCCAGGAGGCAAAAAUAAUACAUUGAAGGAAGAGUUGGAGGGGGGAAAAAAAACAAAAACUCAAAAUAAUAAAACAAAAAAAAUAUGGCUACGACCAGAACAGAAAAUGCUGGCCCACUUGCCAUGGGCCUGAACAAGCAGAAUGGGCAGCUCAGAGGACAGACCAAACCAGCUUCAGUCCAGCCAGGACCCACAACUCAAGGAAAAGUGUUGGGUGCCUCCCAGAAAGCAGGUGCUGCUGCCUCUCAAGAAGGAGGGGGCAUUAGGUUUGGAGAUGACUGGAAAAAGAGCCUGAAGCUCCCACCGAAAGACAACAGGGUCAAAACCUCAGAUGUGACAGCCACUAAGGGAAAUGAAUUUGAAGAUUACUGUCUCAAAAGAGAACUUCUGAUGGGCAUUUUUGAGAUGGGCUGGGAGAAACCAUCUCCCGUGCAGGAGGAGAGUAUUCCCAUUGCCCUGUCUGGAAGGGAUAUUUUAGCUCGGGCUAAGAAUGGAACGGGAAAAAGUGGAGCCUAUCUAAUUCCAUUGCUGGAAAGGAUCGACCUUAAAAAGGACUAUAUACAAGCAAUGGUAGUAGUGCCAACCCGAGAAUUGGCACUGCAGGUGAGCCAGAUCUGCAUUCAGAUCAGCAAACACCUGGGAGGAGUCAAAGUCAUGGCCACCACCGGGGGAACCAACCUGCGAGAUGACAUCAUGCGUCUGGAUGAGACUGUGCAUGUAGUCAUUGCCACACCCGGGAGGAUUCUGGAUUUGAUAAAGAAAGGAGUGGCAAAGGUGGAUAGGGUCCAGAUGAUGGUGAUGGAUGAGGCAGACAAACUGCUGUCUCAGGAUUUUGUGGUGCUCAUCGAGGAUAUCAUUAGCUUCCUGGCCAAGAACAGGCAGAUCCUGCUCUACUCUGCAACCUUCCCCAUCAGUGUGCAAAAAUUCAUGGCCAAGCACCUGCAAAAACCUUACGAGAUCAACCUGAUGGAGGAGCUGACUCUUAAGGGCAUUACUCAGUACUACGCCUACGUCACAGAAAGACAGAAAGUGCACUGCCUCAACACACUCUUCUCCAGGCUUCAGAUCAACCAGUCGAUCAUCUUCUGCAACUCCACGCAGAGGGUGGAGCUCUUAGCUAAGAAGAUCACGCAGCUGGGCUACUCGUGCUUCUACAUCCAUGCUAAGAUGAUGCAGGAAUAUAGAAACCGAGUGUUCCAUGACUUCAGAAAUGGACUGUGCAGGAACCUGGUCUGUACUGAUCUCUUCACUAGGGGUAUCGACAUUCAGGCCGUCAAUGUAGUCAUCAACUUUGACUUUCCGAGGAAUGCAGAAACGUAUCUCCAUCGUAUUGGAAGAUCAGGGAGGUUCGGUCAUUUUGGUUUAGCCAUCAACCUGAUCACAUCAGAAGACCGCUUCAACCUUAAGACCAUCGAGGACCAACUGGUGACCGACAUCAAACCCAUUCCCGGCAGUAUCGACAAGAGUCUCUACGUCGCAGAGUUCCACUCCUCCAGCGGCGACUGUGAGGUGGAGGAAGUUCAAGAGAGAUCAGGACACCAGCAGGGCAGCACCUAAAGCUGGACACGCCGGGCUUAUGCACACAGGCUUCAGGCAACUCUUCAACAUCUCACUUAUUUUCAUAGCCUGCUAAAUGGGUAUGAAGAUGAUUUUAAUUUUUCUUUCCCUCAAAAACCUGUGGCACAGAAAAUGAAAUAUUGAUUUGCAUCAAACCCAUACUGGUCCUUGUGUCCUGCAUUUGAGUUGCAUUUAAUUAGUACAGUUAUGGUUUAAAAAAAACAAUUGGAGGGCAUUGUUGUGCAAAAUAUGAUAAAUUCUGUUUUGAACCGGUCCUCCUUGGAGAUUGACAACCGAACGGUUGGUCUCUUUACCAUCAAAACACCAACCAUCGUUGUGUACACUGUUGCCACUUAAGUGCCUUAUUUCCUGCCACACACAUUUAUCCUUUCAUAGCCUGUUGUACUAACAUGAAUGAAAUGAUAACCCAUUGACUUUUAACACAUCAAUUAUGCAAACAAGAGAGACAACAGUACUUUCAUGCGAGGUGUGUCAAAACUCCCUUAUAAAUCUUUAACGGCAAACCUUUUUGUUUAACGUGAACGUUGCAAUAAAAACGGCAGCUUUACACAAUAGUGCGUGACUGUUUUUCCCCAAAAUGAAUAAUACAUGUAGAGUGAUUCAUGGAUGCCUGCUUGCAACCGUCUCAGUUUCAUAGCGGCCUUAUGCUGUUAGUUUGUACUCAUUGCAGUUGUCUUGAUAAUCUUAAACAUUCAGAAAAAAAAAGUUUAAAACUCAUUCAAAUGGACAAAGUAUAAGAAACUGGUUCAAAACAGAAUGUUUCAAGUAAGCGCCUCAAUUAUGUAGUUAUACAGGAUCAUUAUGGCUAUUGGUGCAAAUCAUUACGUUUUCUAAUAAUACUUUCCGUUUGCAAUAUGGACACUGAGGGUGGAAUUAAUUCAUUAGUAUUUCUGCAGCUCCGAAGACGUUCCCAUCUUGACAAAUUGAAAUUGGUGAAUGUAUAUGCCAACUCUUCUGCCUAGUAGAUGAACGCCAAGCGCUUGAGCAUAUUUUUGGACACCAUUUUGUGUCGCUCUUGACGCAGUUAAUAGCUGUUUUUUUUUUCCUGCUCCAUCCAUUACUAGCUCUGGUUUCCAUUUGCUUUUAUGCAGCUGCAUCAAUACAUAUUUCUUGUUUCUUUUGUGGUUAAUCCUAUUUUGAUAAGAAAGAGAGGAUUAUCUUUAGUGUGGGGCAGGUGGGGUUCUGGAUUUGAAAGCAAAAUGGUAGCAUCUUUAAAGAGGCAGCUGUGACUUUUUUUGUCCUCCCCUAACUAAGAUUUUUAAAAGAGAGACUAAAAAUAGUUUAGAGGUUGUUUUUUUUGGGGGGGGUGGGGGGGUCCUUUCAGCAGUGAGUCAUGAUAUCACUUGAGCACUAGGUUUGGGUGGGUUUCCAGUACACAAUAGAUCAGAUGGUCGUAUUAUUUCUAAAGUAUAAAGACAAAACUAAAUUACUGGUUAGAGAUUUUUGGAAAGCCUUUAAGGUCUAUGCUCCUCUUGAACCUAUUGAGACACUUUCUAAUCAAUUCUAAAGUUGUACAUUUUUGUUUACAAUUCCCCCCAAAAAACAAAAGUUACAGCACUUGGGUUUGUGUUAAUGGGGACACGAGGUUUUUAUUUCUCAAGUUUUUGUUAAAACAGAUUUUCAGGAUUUACACUGAAGCAAAACCAAAAACGUGAGUGAGUUGUCUAAUGUGUAAUCACAGCAUUUACAUGCAGCUUCAACUCGGCUUUACUGAACUCGGUCUAGUUGACGCUUUGACGCUGCAUAUAAGUGUCUUUUUUCCUUUCUUUUGCUUUCAUGUGCAGACAUAUUUGUUGGUGAGGGACAAUGUCUUAAAUCUGAAUGAGUGGUGUUUACAUUUGCCAGGUGUGUGACCUCCCACCUCUGACUUUCCAACUCUUAACUGCGAAUGUCUUUCCCUAACAUGUUUUCAUUCCACAGCCUCCAUUGUGACCUGAAAUAAGCACAACUUCAUGUAUUCAUUCCAACCUUUCCAUGGAACUUGCUCCCAGAAGGCUAUUUGAUUGCUUUAAAAAAAUAAAUAACAAAAUAAAAACAGUUGAAUGGGUGGCUUCUUAGAAAAUUGGCUAUGAAUUUGUUCAAAUGUUUUUCAAUGUUUCCCCAGUGUUUGAUAUGAAUGUGCAGCUUGUGUUGGGUCACAAUGGACAUCGAAUUGAAUGUUGUCUGUUAGAUUUGCUUUAGUCAUCUGAUAAAACAUUUAUUUUGUGUAUGUGUGCAUGCGCCUUGACUUGUCAGGUCUGCCUACUUAUUGUUACAGCCUGUUGAGUAAAGAAAAUAAAAAAACAGGCGCGGAAUUGCAAUUUGGGAUUACUGCUUCAUGUUCAAUUACAUAAUUGGUGGUAAAUUUUGAAGCUUAAAAUUUAGUGAGUGAAAAAAAAAUACUCUCAAUUUCUUUCCUCCGCUGAAGCACUAAUGUAAACUCUGCAAAAGCUUCAGGCAGUUUCAUCUAAAUUCAGUUAAACCCUAGAUGUACUACUGAAGUUCCUGCAACAUGGAUAGUUAAUUGGCUAUGAUUUGGUUGUUCUGAAUAUUACAACACAGUAUGGAGGAGUGUUAACAGGAUUCUGAAUUUCCCAGCAAAUGUGUUUAGUCUUGUAAAAUUACAUCAGUUGUCAUAAUGCUAAAUUCAGGAUCAGUCUUUUUUUGUUUUUGGGAUCAUGGACAAACUUCUCCUGAGUUCUCCCUUACCAACUGAGUUACACAAUUUAAAGAACAUGAGUUUAAAAGACUUAAAUAUUCAUUUGUUUUUUUGAUUUUUUCUUCUUCUGUUUUCUUGUCAGAAAUGCAUUUGAAACAAUAAUAUUUUGGUUUCUCUGAAGUUCACCCAGCAUAUUAAUGUUUUGUCACAUUAUUUCCUGACCCGACAAGAUCUGUUGAGGGACACUGGGUAAUUCAGCGGAUAGUGUUCCUCACUCUGUCCUCUACUGUUGUAAUUUGGAACUACAUGCAGGAGUUGUGAAAUUCAAUAAACUCAA